AUGAAAAUAUCUAAAGUGUUUUACUUGUUUAAUUUAUUUUUUGUAACACAUUUUUUAAUAUUAUGUUUGUCGAAAAAUAAUGGUGUUACUAGAGGAACUUUUCUCAACCUAAAAGCAGUUGAACGUGAGAUGGAAAGGAAAAGAAAUAAUAAAAAUAAAAUGAUUAUUUAUUCUUUAGGAUCUGUUCUAGUUUUAGCUGCAGUUAUAGUAACAGGUAUAGGGCUUGGUGUGUAUUUGAAUAAAAAAAAAAAGAAAUUACCAGAAAAUUUAAAGGAGGAUAAGUCGAAAAAGGAAGACAAAAAUAGCGAUGAAAAUAUCAUUCUUUUGGGAAAAUCUCAAAGGGAUAAUAAUGACAAGACGUAUAACAAGGAAGAUUUAGGAGGAGAGGGCAGCUCAUCUUCAAUGGACAUCGGGUGGAAUAGUAACCUGGAAACAAACGUUGAAGGGUGCAGUAAUGUCGAUGCUAAUUUAGAUCAGGUUAGUAAUCUCGACACUAACUUUGAAAAAACUAGUAAUCUCGACACUAACGUUGAACAGGCUAGUAAUCUUGAAACUAAUGUAGAUCAGGUUAGUAAUCUCGACACUAACUUUGAACAAACUAGUAAUCUCGACACUAACGUUGAACAGGUUUGUAAUUUUGACACUAAUUUAGAACAAGCUAGUAAUGUCGAUGCUAAUGUAGAUCAGGUUAGUAAUCUCGACACGAACUUUGAACAAACUAGUAAUCUCGAAAAUAAUUUAGAACAGGUUAGUAAUCUCGACACUAACUUUGAACAAACUAGUAAUCUCGAAAAUAAUUUAGAACAGGUUAGUAAUCUCGACACUAACUUUGAACAAACUAGUAAUCUCGACACUAACGUUGAACAGGCUAGUAAUCUUGAAACUAAUGUAGAUCAGGUUAGUAAUCUCGACACUAACUUUGAACAAACUAGUAAUCUCGAAAAUAAUUUAGAACAGGUUAGUAAUCUCGACACUAACUUUGAACAAACUAGUAAUCUCGAAAAUAAUUUAGAACAGGUUAGUAAUCUCGACACUAACUUUGAACAAACUAGUAAUCUCGACACUAACGUUGAACAGGUUUGUAAUUUUGACACUAAUUUAGAACAAGCUAGUAAUGUCGAUGCUAAUGUAGAUCAGGUUAGUAAUCUCGACACGAACUUUGAACAAACUAGUAAUCUCGAAAAUAAUUUAGAACAGGUUAGUAAUCUCGACACUAACUUUGAACAAACUAGUAAUCUCGACACUAACGUUGAACAGGUUUGUAAUUUUGACACUAAUUUAGAACAAGCUAGUAAUGUCGAUGCUAAUGUAGAUCAGGUUAGUAAUCUCGACACGAACUUUGAACAAACUAGUAAUCUCGAAAAUAAUUUAGAACAGGUUAGUAAUCUCGACACUAACUUUGAACAAACUAGUAAUCUCGAAAAUAAUUUAGAACAGGUUAGUAAUCUCGACACUAACUUUGAACAAACUAGUAAUCUCGAAAAUAAUUUAGAACAGGUUAGUAAUCUCGACACUAACUUUGAACAAACUAGUAAUCUCGACACUAACGUUGAACAGGUUUGUAAUUUUGACACUAAUUUAGAACAAGCUAGUAAUGUCGAUGCGAAUUUAGAUCAGGUUAGUAAUCUCGAUAAUAACUUUGAACAAACUAGUAAUCUCGAUAAUAACUUUGAACAAACUAGUAAUCUCGACACUAACUUUGAACAAACUAGUAAUCUCGAAAAUAAUUUAGAACAGGUUAGUAAUCUCGACACUAAUUUAGAACAAGCUAGUAAUCUCGACACUAACUUUGAACAAACUAGUAAUCUCGAAAAUAAUUUAGAACAAGCUAGUAACUUUGACACCAGCAUUGAAGAGGGUAGCAACCUUGAAGAUUACUUAGAAGAGGGUAAUAAUCUUGGCACAAAUGUCGAACAUGAUAGUAAUGUGCACACUAAUUUUCAAGAAUGUGGAAACGAGGAGUUAGAUUUGAAAAAUUCCUCUGAUAAAAAGGAUGUUUUUACCGAUACAGAUAAUAAACAAGAUACUGUAACUGACGUAGAUCCUACUUAUUCAACAUCGACAGUAAGUUGUGAACAAACUGAACGAGAGAUACCUGAAGAAGUUAUAGAUGCACUUAGUGAAACGUUAAAAGAAGAUUAUUUCGACUUUUUUAAAAAUGGAUUUGAUGGAGAUAAUAAUAAUAAUCCGUUAAUUUAUGGAGGAGAUAAUUUUGUAGGUGUGCAAGAACCACUUAUUAUUCCAACUAAAUAUUCUUUUUGUUGUUGUGAUAAUGAAACGAAAAUGGAGAAUGUUGUUAAUUCAUAUACAGAUUAA